AGGCAGAGCCUCACCAGGCAACAGGAGUUACUGACAGGUGAAGGAGGAGAUGAAGCCUUGAAGCCUGAGAUUAGUGGUCAGAAAAGAUUGACAGUGAGAAAGCAGAGCUCAUCUCACUUAGGGAUGCAGGAUGAAAGUGGGAAUAAAGAAGAGACACCUGGUGCCAAUGUCUCUCAUGAAUCAGCAUCAGCUGAGACUUAG